AUGUUCAAUCUCUCCAAAACCCUCUCCUUCCGAUUAUGGCAAUACCUCGCUACCUCCUACGGCAUCUUGCUAGCCUCUUCUUCCUCCUCGCCCUCAUUUCCUCUUGCAACCUCCCCCCAACCGCUGCCUCACCUCCAAUUCGCCUGCGCAGCAGCCAGCAUCGUCGACUUCAUGCCCACAGCCACAUGUCUCGCUAUGCUCACCUUCCGCGACUAUGGACCACAACUGACCCAACUCAUCAACGAUGCAAUGUGGAUGACGCUCUUCCGCCCCUGGCCGACCUUCUGGCUGCAGUGGUGGACGAUAUCCUGGGCCGUGCUGGGCGAUAAAAGCCCCGAUCCGAUAUUCCCGAAAUGA